AUGCAGAAGAAAGUUUUAUAUGUAUGUUGUGGGUUAGCAGAGAAAGUGAGAGAAGAUAAUCAGAGUGGAAUGGGGGAAUGUAAAGUUGCAAUCUUGUUCCUUUGGGUCUUCUUUGCAUCGUGUAUCAGACUCAACGUUGAAGCAAGGCCAUCAUCAACCCUAGAAAGAGAAAUUGAAGCCAAAUUGAAGCAACUCAACAAGCCUGCUGUUAAAACCAUUAAGAGUGAAGAUGGAGAUAUUAUUGAUUGUGUCAACAUCUAUGAUCAACCUGCUUUUGAUCAUCCUGCCUUAAAAAAUCACACUAUCAAGAUGAUGCCUGAUUAUCUGUUAAAAUCCUCAAAUUCAAGCAAAGAAGAUAGUUCAGAAGCAGAAAUAUUUCAGACAUGGCAGAAAAGUGGAAGUUGUCCAAAAGGAACUAUUCCUAUUCGUAGAAUCCUAAAGGAAGACUUGCUUAGAGCUGCUUCUAUGGAUAGCUUCGGCCGAAAAUCGUCUCAACACUUGAACAAUUUGACAACAAUCCAAAAAAGUGAAUUUAUUCCAGAAAAUCGCUCGAGUACCAUAAUUAACGCAAUAGAAUUGAUGGAUGGUAUGGUGAUGCAGUCAGCAUAUCUUGUGACAUUGGGAUACAAUUAUAUUGGUGCACAAGCAGACAUCAACGUUUGGAAUCCAAGGGUUCCUGAGGCAAACGAGUUCACCACAGCUCAAAUCUGGUUGAAGAACGACAACCAUCCCUAUUUUGAAAGCGUCGAAUCAGGCUGGAUGGUGAAUCCCAAGCUAUAUCGUGACGGAGCCACUCGCUUUUUUGCCUACUGGACUAGGGAUUCAUAUAGGUCAACAGGUUGCUUUGAUCUUACUUGCUCAGGAUUUGUGCAAACAGGAGAUGUAGCGCUUGGUGCUACCAUAGAACCUAUAUCAUCCAUUAGAGGCCCACAGUAUGAAAUUAACGUUGGAAUAUUCUUGGAUCCAAACUCAGGAAAUUGGUAUCUGAAAGUGAAGAACAAUAUCCCAGUGGGUUAUUGGCCAGCUGAAAUAUUAGGUUCUUUGAGACACAGUGCGAUAUUGGUUGAAUGGGGGGGACAAGUGGCAAGCUCGAAUAUAAGAAAGAAAACCCCUCACACCAGAACACAAAUGGGUAGUGGAGAGUUCGCAAGUGGUCGAUUUAAGGAUGCAUGUUUCAUGCAUAAUAUAAGGAUUAUGGAUUAUUCGCUUCAACUAAAGUAUCCUGAACAUGUAACUGCAGUGGCUGAUGAACCCUAUUGUUACAGUUCCCUCAAUGACGUUAGAUAUGGGGUAGAGCCUGUCUUCUAUUUCGGAGGCCCCGGACAAAGGCCACCCUAUUGUCCUUGA